GCCUUAGCUCUCAGCCUGUGCAGUUCGUUGAAUUUGUGCUGUGACUGAAUUGCUGGUGAACUACCAGUCCGUGCUUGUAAUUUUAACUGGAUAUUAUCAUUCUGUUUUGUGUGAAAUUAUCUUCAUUAUUCACGUGGAAUAAAUUCUCUUAUCACGUUGACAGAAGAAAACUACACACAACUCAAAGACGAAUUGUCGGCUUGCUAACUGUUCGCAAGUUAAAAGGCUUGAUAAAAACCAGUGACCUAGUCUUGGGAGCGAGGCAACACCAGGCUCAAACUAACAUUGAACCUUUAUUUUUUUUAAACUAGGUCUUUUACUUUAUUCCCUUCAUUUCAACCAUGGAUGAGCUUGCUGAAAGUUACAUCGAAAGCUUCGAUCUUUUCAUGGACGGGCACGAUAUGCAUCCGCUGCACAGCUCCAUGGUAAAGUCAGAACUAGGCCUCUGCAGUGGUGCGGCAACCCCCCAGCCGCAGCAAACCUGUUCUGGUGCUGGGGUCACGGGUCAGGUCACCGGGCAGCUGCAAGUCCCCCCAAGCCCACCAUUGUCAGCUGGUGCUAGCAGCAAUUUUAGCAGCUCUCAUACUACUCCCAUCAACUCCAUCCCUCCCUCUCCGAGUACUCCUUUACCAACCUCUCAGUCAUCCCUUCCUUCGCCUACUCGAUCGUUAUCCAGUUUUGGCAGCGCUUUCGGAGACCGGGGCUAUUUUGAGGACUGGUUUUUAAAACUAGGAUCCCAGUGUUCAGAUGCUGUCAACAACUUGCCCCUUAAGCCCGAUGGCAAGUCGAGCACUCUCGAUGAGCUAUUACGUUCUUUGGAGCCAGCAAAUGUUCACCAUAACCCAGUUUCACCAUCUGUCAAGUCAGAAACCCAAGAUCUUUCAGGGCGUUGUAACAAUGAGUUUGAUAUAGAUUAUGAUGAGGAUAACGAAUUGGAUGUAGAAGAUGAUUCUCAAAGUAUUGCCAGUAGCAGUUGUAUGACUUCUAUCAAAUCAUCCAGGCGCAACUCUGUACGUUCACCUCCUAUGUCCCCUGAAAGCUCUGUUAUUGAUGAUGAUGAUUUGGUUUCAUUACCUGUUAGAGAACUGAACAGGCGCUUGCAGGGCUGUCCAAAAAGCGAAGUUCAGCGCCUCAAGCAAAAAAGGCGCACAUUAAAAAAUAGAGGCUAUGCUCAGAACUGUCGGUCGAAACGCAUGCAGCAAAAAAGUGAAUUAGAAACGACAAACAAAUCGCUUUUGCAACAAAUAUCUGAUUUGAAACGCCAGCUUAGUGCAUCUGUAAGAGAGCGAGAUUUUUACAGGCAGCGCUGCCAGCUGCUCAAGACUGAGUUGGUGCGUGCAUCUCGAGCAACGGUUUCUAAUCUGAAAAAUAAGCCGGAAUUCGCAGAGUUCCUUGCUAGAAUUAAAGAAGAAGAUAAUGGCAACACCAAUGUUAAUGCUUCAAUCUCAAAGGCAGCCCCCAAUGGAAGUGACAAUUUUCUUAUCUAGAUUAGUGCAGGUCUUGCAGAACAAUCUUUGUCAUCAGUCACUUUGAAAUAUUUUUAAAAAAAUAUAUGUAUACAUUCAUUUUCAAAUUUUUAAUGGAUGAAAAAAAAAUCUUUUAAAAGUGUUUACUUUUAUAAAUAACAAUUUAUAGUAAACAAUUAUACUCUAAUUAAAUAUAAGGAUAUUGUGUUAUUCUUUACCUGUGAUCAAUAAAAGGUCUUUGAGCUAUUUAAAUAUACAAUUAAUAUAAAUUAUAAUAGGCCUAUAUUUACAUUUAAAAAUUUGUAGUUCCUAGUAAUUAUUCAAUAAACUGUUUUGUAAAUGUUAAUUGUCGAGUCAUAGAGUUAAAGCUAAUGUAGUAGAUUUUUUUUUUAGUUCACCAUUGGAAAUUAGGACUUAUUUUAAAUUCAACAAAUCCAUGUCAUUGUGAUUUCUGAGGUAGCAUUCAUAUCAUAUCAUGCUUAAAUUUGAUAUCGCGUGAGAUGAAUUAAGCAGCACCAUUUGUGUACUUUUGUUCAGUGUCCUUACUGUUUUGUAUCAGAUGACAUUCAAUUCUGUAAUAUAUUCAACAUUAUGAUUAUUUCUACUUUUCCUUUCUUUAAAAUGAGAGGCAGCAAUUGUCCCCAGUGUUUAUGUGGUAAAAACAAAAAGACACAAUUAUACCCUCAUAUAGUCAAUAAUUAUAAAUUCUAACAUAAAAAACAUACCAGUAUGAAUUUUACAAAAGUAGAACAGUUUUAGGCAUCAUAACUAUUUAUUUUGUUUUUUAAAAGUAUAAGAACUUAAUGUCAACAGAAAUAAGGUAUUAAUUCUUAAAUAUGUAUGUUAAAUAUAUUAUAGUAACUCCUAGCACAAUAUUUAAGAUCUUAUUGUAUGUUAUGUCUAAGUCAAACCUUUAUUUUCCAAGAAGUAAUCCACUAUUCAAACAAAAUGGCAUUCAUUAUAGUAUACUUUAUAACUUAUAGUAGCAUUCAUGUUUGCAUUUUAUUAUAUAUCAAUGCCUGCAGGUCAUGUUUUCAUGUUUAACUAUUUUACGCAAUAAUAUUUAAAUGAUGGCCUAGGGGAGAAUUCUAAAACAAUGGAUUUUCUCGUCAAAACUUUUGACAUUUUGUUUUGUUUUACAAGACUGUUGCGCUUAAGAAAUACACUAUGAAGUCUUUCGUCAACCAGUAACCCAUUCAAUUGUUACCUGUGUAAAUACUAAGCAAAGAAAUAACAUUUUGUCCUAUCAUUGGCUUGUGAUAAAACUGUUUUUAGUCAUUUAAUAAGAAUAAAUUUGGAUUGUUUAAUCCAUAAUGAUCAGGGUUUUUAGUCUAUUCUGUAACUUCAUGCUUGAUCAUGUGACCAUUUUUUAAAAAGAAGCAUUUGUAUCUGUACUUUUUUUUUUUGUUACUGUUUGCAUCAUAUACUCUGUGAUAGUUACUUUGCUGACUAUGGGACGGUGACCGCUUGUGGUGAACUAUGAUACUUCACAAAUCAUUUAUUUCCCUUUAAAUCUACUACUACUACUACUACUACUACUGGUAAACAACUCUAUGUACCUCACAUAAGCAGACAAGCAAAGUUGUAUAGCUAUGUUGAAUUUUGAGUGUUAUUUUACUAUUUCUUUUUUUUUUAAGAUGCAAAUUUAAACAUCUGUGGCUUGCACAUCUCAAAUUUUUAAAAUAAUUCAAUAGAAGCUUCUUUUAACUUUUUAUAUUUUUUUUUAAAAGAAUUGUUUUUAUCAAAUUGUUUAUAAGUCUUUUCCAAUAAUUUAAAAAGAUAUGUUUUCUAAAAGUAAUAAAUAAUAGAAUUUUAAAAAUGUAACAAUUUUAAACUUUUUUUUUGGAAAAAAAAAACAAUUUAAAAAGAUUGAAAUAAUUUUGUUAUGAGUCAGGUAAACCAAACUUCUUUCUAAAAUAAAAAGCAGCUAAUAACUUUUCAUGAUAAAACAUUUGUAGCUUUUGCAGCAGUGUUUCUGGGCGUAGUUUAAAGCACAUUUUAACAAAAGAAUUAUCAAUAAUAAAUGCGUGUAUAUUUUUCAAAACAGUCUAUGUUCAUGAAGUUGAAUUACAAUGCGAUAUUGUAAAAAAAAAAUAUUUUCAGUGUUGUAUUGUACUUUUGGCAGCUAAUUUGUGAAGCAUUUCAUGGCUGCUUUCACUCGGUACUUGCAGACAAUUGAUUAUGUUUUAGUACCAAACUAACUGCACUGCUUGUUGUAUUUUUCAAAUAUUCUUGUGUAGAAUGAUUUUGCGUCUCUACAUGUAAUAUUACUAUAGCUUAAAGUAUACCCCCAGCAAACACCAUUAUACUUUUGCAUUGUUAUUUAAAUUUGAUGAAUGAAACAGUAGUCCAUGUAGUGAGUUUGAUUUAUGCUGUGUAGUAUUGUAUCAAUAUAACUGAAUCCCCUAGCACAGUCUAUCAGAUAUUUUUUCAGUAAAUAAAUUCAUGUAUACACAAAUUACUAUUUUGCUAACAAGUAUUGUAUUCUUUUUCACUUUUAUUUACUAUUUCAUAGUAAUUUGAUCUCAUUCAUUUUUUUUUUGCUAGAAAUGGUUUUUAUGUUAAAAUUAAGUUAGUUUAUUAAUACAAACUAUAAUUUUACACAAUUACAUUCAUUUUGCUUUAAUAUUGUUAAAAAAAAUGUAACAUUGUUUUUGGAGUAUUUAUUUUGUAAUACUUUUUUUUUUACAUUUUAUUCAAAAUUUAAGAUUUGAUCUAGAUCUAUUAGGUUUUAAAAGAAAUUAGUCUAAUCCAUUAUUUGAGACAUCAGACUGUCCUAUAACAUGAAAAUUAACUGCCUUAAUUAAUAUUAAGAUCAUAAAUUAAAAUUUUAAUUAACAAAGGAUAUUCAGUAUACUCAAAAACAGCAUGAAGUCUGUUAAUUUUUAUUCACAAGUUACUAUGAUCUGGAAGAAGCAAAUGUUUUAAAUUAUAUAAUUUUUUUGUGCUGUUCACAGAAUUCCUAGUUUUUAAUUAAGCCUAUGUAUGAAGGAGGAACUGCAUGUUUUUUUUUUUUUUAUUAACCAAUACUUUUUAGAAUGUGAUAAUUAAACUAUGUUGCAUAAGAGCAAUAAAUGGAGCAAGGUAUGAUCUAAAAGAAAUUUUGGGAGUGCUAAAAAGAUAGAUCUUAAUGUGAUAUUUAUUGUGUUGUAUCUCUUCACUCUUUGCUAUAUAUAGGGUAACAAAUUGUUUUCUUAUCAACUUUGUUUUAAUUCAUUUUUCCCCCUCCCACAGCUACUUUAAUGAAUUUAGCGGAUGUUCUCAAUUGUUUAUAAUAUGUUUUUACCGUGUUCAGUUUUUGUUUGUUUGAACACUUUGUUCAAGUUAAUGAGAGCAAACAUGAUUGUAACCAAUACCUAUGUACAGAACAUGUGAUAAAGCUUUUCUGUGCCUUGUGUCUCAUGGGCAACAGUAAAUGAAUGCAUCCUGUACAGUUUGUAUGAUAUACUAUUAUUCUUCAUAUAAUGACAGUCUGUUACUUUCUCAACUGCUUGAGAGCAUUCUCUCAAGCGUGUCACAUAUAAAAAGGAAAAAAAAAAAUGUAAGGUCAAAUGGAAAACUCAAAAAAAUAUGUUUCAUUGAGUUGUUUCCUGCACUUAUGUUCUCUUUGUAUGUUGCUGUUUAUUUUCUCAAAGUAAUAAAAUAACCUGAUCAAUUGAA